AUGGGCUGGAAUCUCAGCAAACGCUCCCAGAGCCAUAGCGAGAAGGAGGCCGAUGUCCAGGUCCACCGCAGCCGCAGCAAGGUGUGGACGCAGACAGCGGCCUUGACGCGCAAGAACUGGAUCAUUAUUUGGCGACACAAGUGGUGGAACCUGUUCCGCUGCCUCAUCAUCCCCGCCGCAUACUCGAGCUAUGUGGCGCAGACGAGCGAGUUCUACAAGGACGCCGGUAACCGCGGAGCAGGCCGCAUCGCCGUGCUCCCCGAAGUGCCCUCGGACCUGCUGGGCUACAAGUUGGUGAUGUACGACCCGAGCGGCAGCGGCGCGCCGCUGCUGCAGAGCGCGCUGGCGUCCGCCGGCGUCGACUCGGGCGUGAACAUCGAGACGAUCGAGAACAAGGACGACAUCAGCCGCGCGUGCCGCUCGAACCUGAACGGGCGCAGCGACUGCUACGGCGCCGUCUUUUUCGACGCCGUCAACGCCGAUACCGGAGAACUGAACUACACUAUGCGCGGCGACCUCGGGCUCGAUGUCGUCGACGUCGACGACUGGACCAAGGACGACUUUAUGCGCCGCCUCCUGCCGCUGCAGUGGGCGAUUGACUCGACAUGGAUGAACCAAGUGACGGGGAGUGCGCCAGAGCGCCCCGACGCUUGGGUGUACACGGCCUUGGAUAACGACGGGUACGACGAGAAGAUCCGCAUCGACUUCCUCGAGGAUAUGCGCGGCGUGCUGGUCAUUUCGUUUGUGGUCAACUUCCUCUUCCUCGCCUACCACCUCCCCGGAUAUGUCGCAGCCGAGCGCGCCGCUGGCCUCACAGAACUCUUGGAAGCCAUGGGAUGCGGCGCCCUCGCCCGCAUCCUUUCGUGGCACUUGAGUAUUACGGCCUCGCACUUCCCCUCCUUCAUCGCCAUGGCGGCAAUCUACCGCGCCAUCAUCUUCAAGGAGACCAACUUCGGCUACCUCAUCAUCGCGUACAUCGUCAUGGGCCUCAGCAUCGCGAGCUGGACCUUCUUCGUCGCCGUGCCUUUCGCCAAGAAACCCACGCUCGCCGCCAUCGCCACCAUUGGCCUCACGUUCCUCGGCGCGAUCGCAGGUAUCCUCGUCGAGUCGCGCGCCGCGCUCCAAGGCGUCCUCACCAUGCUCCUCCCCACCUCGCUGGUCAUCUUCGUCCACCGCAACGCCGCGAGCUGGGAGGUCGCAAAGCUGCCUUUCAGCUGGGUGAAGCAGAGCCCGGACGGUGACGCGAGCGCCGUCCUCCUCAUUCUUCUUGGCAUCAUCAACAUUUUCCUGUGGCCCUUCAUUGCGAUUAUCGCCGAGCGCGCCAUUUUCGGUUUGCCGAGCACGCACAGCGACAAGGCGCCCGGCUUCUUUGGUCGCCUCUCCGCGCGUUUCAAGAUCGCGGGCGCGACGCACGCCGGCCGCAUGGCGCCGGGCACGGCGAUCCACGUCUCGCACCUGCGCAAGAGCUACGACUCGCGCCGCUUCUUCUUCUUCGGGCGCCGCAAGUCGGUGCUCGCCAUUGACGACCUGAGCUUUGACGUGCCGCGCGGCGAGAUCUUCUGCCUCCUCGGCCGCAACGGCGCGGCCAAGUCUACCGCGUUGUCCAUCAUCGCCGGCUUGACUUCACGCACCUCCGGCGACGUGCAGUACGCGCCGGACCUGCGCGUAGGUAUCGCAGGACAGAAGGAUGUGCUGUGGGACGACCUCGACUGCGAGCAGCACGCGGCCGUCUGGCGCGCCAUCAAAGGCACGGACGGGCGCCGCGAUCGGGCGCUCGACCUCGACCUCCUCGCGCGUUGCGACCUCGCGCCCAAGGCCAAAUGUCUCUCCCAGAAACUCAGUGGCGGCCAGAAGCGCAAGCUGCAGUUGGCGUGCGCGCUCGCCGGCGGCUCCAACCUGCUGCUCCUCGACGAAAUUUCCAGCGGCCUCGACCCCCUCUCGCGCCGCGCGAUCUGGAAGGUGCUCGCCGACGUGCGUGGCCGCGGCCUCGACGGCGGCUCGCCCGCCACCGUGGUCCUCACCACCCACUUCCUCGAUGAGGCCGACUACCUCGGCGACGAGAUCGCCAUCCUCAAAGCCCCUGGACGCCUGCUCGCCGUCGACAGCCCGGUGGGGCUCAAGACGCGCCUCGGGCACGGCUUCAUCCUCGCCGUCGAGGACACGCGCGCCAACGCAUCCCAAACCGCCCUCGACAUCCUCGACGCCCUCCGCGUCCACGACCCCAGCAUCAGCAUGCGCGCCACGAAGGGCCGCCACCUAUACACGACGGGCAGCAACGACGUGGGCAAGAUCCGCGCGCUUGCGCGCGUCCUGGCAGAGAAGCGCGCGCGCGACCCCGACCUGCGGUACACUGUCGGCAGCACGACGCUGGAAGACGUGUUCAUCGACCUGAACCGCGCCAACGGCGACGAAGAGUCGCCGCGCAGCGGUGCAUCGCUGUCGCGCGACGCGAGCGGGGCCCCCUCCGAAGCCACGGACAAGCCGGACGACAUCGAGAUGCAGGUCUCGCGCGUCGCCGCCGGCGAGCAGCUGUACCUCACGCCGUGUGAGAACCGGCCGUGGUGGCGCGCCGGCGCCGAAAUGGCCGCGAGCGUCAUGCACAAGCGCUUGUGGGUGCUGCGGCGCGCGUGGCUCAUCCCCAUCGCGGCGGUCAUCGCCAUCUCGCUCGGCGCGACCGUCCCCAUGGUAUUCAUGAACGGGCGCUCGCCCAGCUGCGAGCCCGUCACGACGACAGACGAGGGCCUGCGCGACCUCACGUACCCGUCCUCGCUGUUUGCUGUGAUGCCGCAGUUCUCAAAGCCGCUCUUCGCCCCCGACAACGCGCAGCUAGGCGACUGGGCAUCGACGCCCGGCCUCAAUUUCCGGACUGUCGACAGCCGCGCCGCGCUCGAGUCCGCCAUCCGCAGCAACAUGCAGAACGAGACGUUCGGCGGUAUCGCGCUCGGCCAGGGCCUCGUCGCGUACGAAGGCGACCCCGAACGCCGAAUCCUCCAGGUCAAGGGCCUCAGUGCACUCAACCUCUACUCGAACGCCAUGUUCCAGCAGCUCGCGCCGGCCAGCGACCCGUUCCGCAUCCGUGUGAGCUACGAGGAGCUGCCGUACGCCGACUUUGGGCCGACGGGCAAGGCGCUUCUGUGGAUCACCUUCUUCGGCAUGGUCAUGGCUAUCUGGCCGGCGUUUGCGGCCAUCUACCCCGCGACGGAAAAGCGUGCGGGCGUCCGCAUCAACCAGUACUCUAACGGUGCGCGUCCCGCCGCCCUCUGGGCCGGACACCUCGCCUUCGAGCUCCCCGGCAUCUUCAUCGUCGCCACCAUCGUCACGGUCGCUGCGGCGGGCGCGGGCCAGUUCACCGCGCUCGGCCAGUUCUGGGUCUGCCUCGUCCUGUACGGCAUCAGCGCGACGUGCUGCGCCUACCUCCUCAGCCUGUUCUUCAAGACGAGCUUCGGGGCCUGGGCCGCCAUUGCCUCGAUCAACGGUGUCAUCUUCCUCUUCUACGUCGUCGUGUACCAGGUCAUCGCCAUGUCUGACAAGACGGGCAGCGCCGACCGCAACAUGGCGAUCGCGCACUUCGGCUAUGCGGUCCUGCACCCCGUCGCGAGCAUUGUGCGCGCGGCGUUCGUCAGCGUCAACAUCUUCAACCUCCUCUGCGACGGCCGCGGCGGCCGGACCGAAAAGUCGUUCGGCGACAUGACCCUCUUCGGCGGCCCGAUCCUUUACAUGAUCGUGCAGGGUGUGGUGGCUUUCAUGCUCCUCGUGUGGUUCGACUCGGGGCGUCCUAUCCCCCACUGGGCGCAGCGCAACAAGAAGAUCAAGGGUGCCGACGCCGACCGCUCGCCGGACGUUAUUGACGAGGCGAAGCGUGCUGCAGGCUCGAGCGACGCGCUCAUCGUUGACCGCCUCACGAAGCAGUUCGAGAAGAGGGCCAAGCCGUCGGUCGACGACGUGACCUUUGGCGUUGCGCAGGGCGACACGUUCGCCCUCAUCGGUCCCAACGGCGCGGGUAAGACGACGACGCUCGGCGUCGUGCGCGGCGUCGAGCGCCCGACGCGCGGCGACGUUCGCGUCACUGGUUAUUCGAUUGUGCGCGACCGCAACCAGGCACGCGAGUCGCUCGGCGUGUGCCCCCAGCACUCGGCCAUCGAUGUUCACCUGACUGUCCGCCAACACCUGUGGCUGUACGGCCGCCUCAAGGGUGUGCCCCGCGCACAGCUUGGUCGCGACGUCGACGCCCUCCUCGCCGUCUCGGGUCUUACAAUCAAGUCGGACGAGCUGGCCAGCUCCCUCAGUGGCGGCAACCUGCGCAAGCUUUCUCUCGCGUGCGCCCUCAUCGGCGACCGCCCGGUUAUCCUCAUUGACGAGUUCUCGUCCGGCGUUGACCCCUUCAGCAAGCGCGAGGCGUGGCACACUCUCGAGGCGCUUACACGCGACCGCGCGGUCGUCAUGACUACGCACAGCAUGGAGGAGGUCGAUGCGCUUUCGAACCGCGUCGGCAUUAUUGCGUCAAAGCUACUCGCGGUUGGCACCCCGGCUUCCCUCAAGUCGCGCUUCGCGACAUACGAGGUGCACGCGCGCGCGGAUGACGUGCAGCCGCUCGUGUCGUACCUCCGCGAGAGUGGAUUCAACUCGGCGCAAGUCGCCACGGACACGCUCACGCGCAUUUCGGUGCCUGGCGUGCGCGAGGAUGAGCUGGACGCGCUCCUCGGCGCGCUCCGAGCGGCGGAGCGUGACCUCGCACUUGGCGAGAUGACACUGCAUGAGUGA